AUGUCGAAUCCUUCUCCGGUUCAAUUUUCUCAGAUGGAGCAGCUGCAACAUGAAGAAGAAGACGAGCAUGUGAAAGCUGGUGGUGAAGUCAAUGAGGAGCAGCCGCAACAUGAAGAAAACGAGCAUGUGGAAGCUGAUGGGAAGUCAAUGAGACUAAUUCUAACAAUGUUGAAGUUGAUGCUGAAGUCAAGAAGCACGAGCAAGUUAAAGGAAAAACGAGGAAGAGGGAAAAAUGAUCAAGAAGAAGAUGAAGGGAAGAAGGAAGUUGAUGCUGAGGUCGAGAGCGUGUUCAAAAGAAUGGAACAAGAAGAAGAUGAAGUGCAGAAGGAAGUUGAGGUCCAGAAGCCUGUUCAAAAGGAACAAGAAGAAGCUGAUGUUGAAGUCGAGAAGCCUGUGCAAAAGCCAAAACAUGGAUCUGAAACUAUACAAGUGGAUCAGAAAUGCAAACUGCUGGACAUUGGUGGAAAGAAACAUGUAGUUGCCGAAGGACGGGUGCAUUCAACAGACCCAAAUCAAAAUGUCCAUUUUGUACGAUUGAGUCCGAAUGCAGCUAGAGUGUGGGUUGAUGCAGUGAUGGUAGAUGAUGCCAUCUUUUGGAGGAAGUCUGAAGAAAUCGAGACAUUGAAAGAUGCACGUGGUUCAUCAAUUGCAUGGCCACUUGAUAAUUUGGUCAUAUUACCUUUUUCUUCAAAGGUGAAUAACUAUGCUUGGGUCUUUCUGUUAAAUGGAUCAAAAUUUUGAUGUUGUGUUAAGAGAUGUAUGAA